CCUUACAAACCCCCAGGCGGCCAUGAUUGUUACUGGAGAACAUCAUUCGAACGUGAAACCCAGUCACUACAUUACAUUGACUGGAAUUGUCCUCUCCGAGACGCCGUAAAAUUCAUAGUGUUUUAGGAAGUUCUCAGAGGCAGCGUGCGGCAUUGUGGUUUCUUGUAGCCAUGAGUAAAAGAAAUAAAGUAUCCUAUGUGAAGCCUGUUGAGCCCUCCUUUAUUUCCAAGUUCAAGAAAGAUGUUGGCUACAAAGAGGGACCCACAGUGGACACAAAGAGACAGGAACUUCCCGUACUUGCAGAUGACAGUGAUGGGAGUGAUAAAGAAGAUGAACAGCCUCAGGUGGUGGUCCUGAGAAAAGGUGACCUCUCAGCAGAGGAGGUUAUGAAAAUUAAAGAACAAAUCAAAGAAAACUCAAAAGGUGAAGAAGCAGCGCCCUCUGAUGGAAAGAUUCUCUUUAAAAAGCCAGUGAAACGGUUAUCAGGUGACAAGAUUUCUGGCAUUAAUGCAAGUUCCACCAAGAAAAAGAAGCAAGAAGAUAUUAAGGAGACAUCAAGCACAAAUGCCAGCCAGAAACAAGUCAGAAAUAGCAGCUUACUUUCAUUUGAUGAUGAUGAUGAUAAUGACGAUUAGUUGUUUUAUAUUGAUAGGAUAUUAAAUCACCACUGUUAGCAAUUUACGCACUGAUGUUUGAUGCAGCUUGAUUGGCACCCACCUGGACUGGAUUUACUGAUCUGAUCAAAUUUUGGCGCUAUUACCUGAGCUGUUGGCUAAACAUCUGGAUGGCUACAGUCUGCUGACCAAAAGGGGUGCCUGUGUGUGGCCAGCUUAAAUAGUAUAACAUGCUGUUGUGAAUAUUUUACCAACAGAUGCAGUUUUUAAAGGACUGCUGUUAACUUGUCAGUUCAUAUUGGUUACUAGUCCUGGAGGGAAGUUUGGGCCUAUUAUGGAAUAACCCAAAUACUCUGUGGUUACGUAGUCUUCUUCCUUAGUGAUGUGCAGUCAGCUUAUAUAGUAGCUUUAUUUUUGUGUUUUUGUAUUUUUUAUUUUUAAAUAAACAUUAGACUGGCAGUUGCAUGAAAAUCCUGCCCCCCACCAACAAAAAUUGACAUAAUAUUUUAAAGAGGAUAACAUAGAAAUCCCAAGCUUAAAUACCAGCGCUAGAUAAUCCUCCAGUGAUUAUCUUAUUGUUAAGUAACAUACUGGGGCUACAGUGCAAGUUUUGUUUGCCAAUAAUACACUGUAAUUCAACUUUAGAAGGGUGUAUAGUGCUAUUUAAGUGUUCGGAACAAAAAAUAUUUGUGUAAUAUUUUUGGCAACGAUUGUGCAAAACCAGGAACAGUGAGUUAGUUACAGAGCUGGCAGGAUUAUGUUGAUGUUGCAUGAGAUGAGCAUCAGUUCAUCUCUGUGGCUGCUGGACUAGAGCUGUCAUUGGGGCUCAUUUAUUAACACUGGGCAAAUUUGCCCAUGGGCAGUAACACAUAGCAACCAAUCAGUGAUUGCGUUUUUUCAGCCAGCUGCAUGUAGAACAAUGAAUGCAACAAUUUGAUUCAUUGCCAUAGGUUACUGCCCAUGGGCAAAUUUGCCCAGUGUUGAUAAAUGACCCCCAUUGUGUUUUAAAUCGUUGAUAUUAUUUUGGAGAAUUCUGGGAGUUGUAGUCCAUCAACAUUUGGGUAGAACAACAGUGCUGUGGAAGAUUACAGUAUGUCUUUUUUUUUUUAACAAAUUUUUUACAUAGAUCUCUGACAGAGUAUAUUAACAAGAUUCAUUUUCGUUUUGGUAUUCAGUUAUUGUUACAGGUUUAUAGUCCUCUUUAAUAAACGCGGAUUUUGUGUGCUGUAUCAAAUGUUUCUUCUCCAUGUUAAAUAAACUUUUGAUACUUUA